CCAAUAUAUUUAAUAAGAAUAUUUAGCAAGAAAAUUGUAGAAAUAUGUAUCUAAUUUGUGUAUUUAAGUGGAAAAUACAAAACUGUGCCGCAACGUAUGCGAAGGAAAUUUAUAUGAAUGAAAAUAAAAGCGUAAUUGGGGAAAACGCAUCUCUACAAUUUUCCUGAAUGUGGUAUUUUAUAUCUGAGUUCACAUACUUAGCUAUACAAACAUAUAAUAUAUAUCAAGGAAAAUUUAGAUAAAAGAAAAACUAGUGCAAAUCGUAACGUGAAAAGUGUGCUGAAAAUCUUCAAAAACUAUCACAAAUACUUUUCUAAGCGAUAUACAUAUAUCGAGUACUUCCAUACAUAUUUGCACCCACACAAAUUAAAUUACUGCACACGCUAACGCAAAUAAAGAUACUCAAAAGAUCCAUGACUUUGUCGUGUAGCAUAUCCACAAAGAAACCUAUAAAUUUUGUGUACGUGGAAUUUUUGCUUGGCAUCCGUUGUUAUAAUAAUAAUAAUAAAAAAAAUUUCCCAACCCAAAUCAUAUCAUACGCAAAUUUGAAAUAAUUAAUGCCAUUCAAGUUUAAAAUCAAAUGCAUGCGUAUGAAAUUUUUGAUGGGCCAAUGUUUCUUUCUAGAUUAAAUACAAAUACAAGUGAAUCUUGCACAGGCUCACAAAAGCACGCUACCUCCAGCCUAUUGGCAGAACUUCCAACAACGCGUUCGGGCAAUGUAGUGAGAGAAAAAAUAAGAAUUAGAAAUUCCAAAUAAUACAAUAAAUAAAACUACAAAGCAACAUCAAACAUAUCCAUCCGUUUGCAAUUCUAAUAAAAUUUUAGUCGAAACUACAUUUUUGUGCGCAUAUUAAAUAAACAUACAUAAACAAAAUUUUUAUCACUGAAGCAGCAACGUUUAACAAUCUCGCGCACACAUAAAUUGAAUGAAUAACUCGCUUCCGCAUUUGCAACAAAUCGUAUAGUAUUAACUUUCUGCAAGUAUACUCGUAUGUAAAGAAAAAAUAAUCUUACAUACUUACGUGUAUUUCGAUUAAUCUUGGCUUCAAUAUAAAAAACAUCACACAAAAGCAUUUAAUACAGCCGACAACAUGGAUUGGGUUAUACAUGAUGAGCUCGGAAUCACUGUCGGUCAUGUGGCUAGUGGCGCCGCAGCAUCCGCUAUGGUGAUUGGCGGUGUCAUUCCUUAUGUACCGCAAUAUUUGGAAAUCAAGAAAACACAAGAUGCGGACGGGUUUUCGCUACACGUUUGCCUAGCGUUAUUAAUUGCAAAUUCCUUGAGGAUCUUCUUUUGGUUUUCCAAGCAAUAUGAGCUUCCGCUUCUCGUCCAGAGUGUUGUAAUGAAUAUAACCAUGUUUCUCAUGAUACAUUUAUGUGUUAAAGUGAAACGCAUGAACGCUUCAAGUAGGGAGCAUACAUUUUCGUCUGAUGAUCUACGUCUACCAAAAGUUACGACCGACACCGAUACUGCAGGUUCAGUUUCCACCGAUGUCGGCACCUUGAAACGUGCCCGCUCGAGGCACUACUUAAACGAUCUCGAUUAUAAAUAUUUUUGGAAUUGGAGUGAUUUUCAAUCCUAUUUAGACUUUAUGCUCGUUGUGUGGGCCGUCGGCGCAGCUAUUACAUACUUAAUGUUGUCAGUUACGUGGUUUAUGGAGCCAGUUGGUUUCUGUGCAGUUUUUACAGAAGCUAUGCUUGGUGCUCCACAAUUCCUUCGAAAUUUCAAAAAUAAAUCAACCUACGGAAUGAGCAUCCAAAUGGUUAUCAUGUGGACGCUAGGUGAUAUGUUUAAGACUGGUUAUUUUAUUGUUAGAGAAUCUCCAACACAAUUUUGGAUUUGCGGUACGCUGCAGGUUAGCUUAGACAUUGCAAUACUCAUGCAAGUCUGGUUCUAUAGAAAGAACACUAAGGCGCGGGAUUUACGUCGUGGAGAUUAGCAGUUUGCCCCCGAAGAACAACCGCAACAAACACAAAACAAUCCGCACGAUAUUCACACACAAACUAACAACUCGGAAAACAAUCAAUCUCUUGCUAUCACUACAACAAGCAGUGGCGAUGAUCAUUUACUAACCGCUGCUGCAGAUAACGAGCAUUUCAGUAAUUAUGGAGAUCCGGAAUAUAAAAAAUACCAUGAUAACAAAGCCUUCCAAUACCACUACAAUAACAAUACACUAACAAAAUUAAAAGAAACUACCGGUAUGCUACCACCGGAUGAAAAUUGUCCACUAGAUGCGGUAGUAAUUGUCAAAGGUUCCAGCAUCGUAUCCCGAAAUUCUGCUAAUAGAUCGAAAUGUGAAAAGGUUGGUGGGAAAGGGCAUCAGCGUUGUCGAUGCCAACAUGGUGAUAUGGUGCGGCAGCGCCACAAUGCAACCCAAACGCCAGAUUCUAUAUUGAACUGUAGUCAAUUACACAAUUGUCACAGUCAUAGUGCCGCUUUGAAUUGCUGUGGUAACACAAAGUCGAAUGACUGCUGUGGCUUAAUAAAUGGUGAUUUAAGAUCGGGAGAAAUUUCUUCUCACUGCCAUAUUACACACCACUGUCAUCAUUAUUCACCGGGAGGUGGAGGUGCCAGUAUUGACAGACGUAAAAGAAAACUGUGCAGCUGUCGAAGUCAUGGUAGUCGCAAGAGUAAUAAAAGCCAACAUAAUCACCGUCGUAAACACCAACCACAUCAUCAUCAUUAUCAUAACUUACAACCGGAAUUCCAGCAAAAUCGAAAUAAGAAUAACAACGUCCGUCAGCUUCCAGGUUAUAACAGUAAGUCUUCCUUUGAUUCCAGUGACGAUCCGCCACAAUCUGGUCUAGAGCAACCGCAUGAACGUUUGCAAGCUAUUGCUAUUGAAAUAGACGCAGCCACUUUGACUGAAGAUAAUACAAGCACUGCCACCUCGAAUUUUGCGUACAAAAUGGCAAUGGGUAAUUUUACUCCUAUUAUUUUACCGCCAAUACACGACAACGUUGAGGUUGGCAAGAAGCCAAGUCGAAAACUACGCAAACGUUGCGACUCAAUGAACUCUAAUAGCACAGUGGAAACUGAUGAAUUGUCCCACGGGAAUUCCGAAGAUAGACGUAAUAAAAAAGCGGCAAAUAAUUCAUUAAUCACAGGGCAAAAUAAAAACGCCCACCAUACAUUUUGGGGUAGCAGAGAUAUAAACGAUUAUAAUUACAUACGGACAGAAUCUAAAAUCGACGGACAUUUUGAAGACAUUAUUCCGCACGCUUGCUGCGAUGAUUCCCUCUGUUGUGUAACGAGCCGAGAAAUGAGCAAACGAAAUUCAGCACAUAACGAGUGUGUGAGAAUAAGGCGCAAACAGUUCAGAGCCAGCGGAGAAGUUGACGGCUGCAGCACGUGUUCACAUUGCACAAAUUGCUCGUGUCAAAAUGCAGAUGCCACCAGCUGCAGUAGCUUUGACGAAUUGGAUGCGGAUGCUGACAAUGAUGAGGAACAUCACAUGGCUCCUCAUGAGCUUUUAGUAGCAGCAGAUUGUCAUCGCUGUAAUUUGCGCAGAAGAUCCACUACAUCAACAGGAGAGGAGGUAGAAGAAGAAGACGCUGACACUGAUGACAAACUAACGGCGACAAACAUUAAACAAUAUGCAUCGCCGCACCGGCUUUUACAGGAUAACAAUACAGACAGUUCCACACAUACGAGCCGGAGGAGCAGUGCAAGUUUUUGCUCUUGUCAUUCAAGUACUUGCUGUUGUUGCGAAUGUAAGUGCGUUGUAGAUGUUGCCGAAGAUGACUGUGACACAGUAACAACAGGUCAAAUGCUUACGGCCAGAGAUACUUCCUGUACAGCUUUAACAUCUGCGGCUGAACUCGACGCUGAACAUUCAAGUACACUAACACCACUCACAAAUGCCUCAUCGGUGGUGUCGACGCCCGGUGCGGAGGAUGCCGAUGUAACACUCCGCAGCUUGAAUAAUACUCUGGCGGAGGACGUUUGCUCCUCCCUGAGCCAAUCUGCCGAAUAUUUCUCGCUUUCAUCUAACAAUCCACAAAGCCAUGUUUCUCCCGCAGACACACCUAAGCGUAUGCCGGGCAAAAUACAGAGCAAAACAACGACCACGGGUGAAAAUAUACCUAAAAGCAAUUUAGUUGAGCCAACGGAAACAAGCGAGACUGGCAGAAAGAUGUGCAAACACUACGGCAAGCAUCAUCGUCAUAAACGAGCCGGAUCUCCUUUAGAUAGCUAUUUAUGACGAAGUGUUUCGCUGGUCGCGUGGCCAGCGAUCGAUGUAAACUCACUUCUGCAACAGACCAUAAGGAAAACAGCAGUUCUUCACGAACCUGCAACAAUACUUCAAACAGAAAAGCAAGUAUCAGAGCUGCAACAUCAAUCGGCUGCAAGACACGGCAGCAAUGACAGUUCCAGCACUACGUUGACGCCAUCAAUCACAACAACAAUCAUCAAAUACCCACCUAUAAACAUUGCAUCCAAUAAUUCUACAUCUUCAGGCACACCACAACAAAUAUCAUUGCAAUCGCUUAAUGCUGUCACAACUGUAACUGCAAUUUGUGGCAG